CUAAAAUCCUUGACCCAGGCCAAGAGUGUUCUACAUCAAGUCACCGCAGCUUUGGCUGUUGCUGAGCAAGCCCUGAGCUUUGAACACAGAAAUCUUCAUUGGCGGAACAUCCUGGUGAAGGACAUUAAGCACAAGACCAUUAAUUUAAUUCUGAAUGGAACAGUGCAUUCCAUCGAGACUCAGGGGGUUCAGGUCAACAUUAUUGACUACUCAAGCUCACGCCUGGAGAUCGAUGGACUGACGGUGUCUUGCGAUCUCUCUUCUGAUGAAGAGUUGUUUAUGAGACAGGGAGAUUACAAAUCUGAAGUCUUCCGCCUAAUGAAGCAAGGAAACAAUAACUGCUGGUCCAUUUAUAAUCCACAUACUAAUGUGUUGUGGCUGCACUUUCUGGCUGAUAAACUUUUGAGGAUGAACUACAAGAAACAAGACAAGUCCAGCCAGCAGAGGACACGGAGGAGCGGCCUCAAAUCUUUCCAGUCGGAGGUCCUGACCUAUCAGUCAGCCACAGAAGCUCUUGUGAACUGCACUUUUUUAAAAACUAAUUAGGUUUUUAAUGGAAUUAAUUAAA